GGCGCCACGGGCGAGAAGCGCUUCAUCGAGCCAUUGCAGGGCGUGGCGCGGUCGCCGCGCUUGUGCGCCCUGCCCGACGACAAGACGCUGGCGGACUUGUCGGAGGCACUCUUCGACACACGGUAUCUCAUUACAGAGAACUUCUGUGAAGGAGAGUUGCCCAAGAGCUCCAAAUACUAUGACUUAGGGGCUGCGAGCAACGGAGGAGCUGGUGCCAGCUGGAAAAUUGACUACGCGUCGGCCGCCAGCUUCGCGAGCAUCCCACUGUUCACGAGUUUGUACCGCGACCGUUGCGUCACCUUCGACGCCAUCUAUGCCUGGGAAGCGGAGCCAGCAGCGAAAGACUGGUGGGAGCCGGUGCCCGACGAGGAACGCGCGAAGAUUCGCUUCUACAACGCUCCGGUGGAGGAGACCGUGAAUCCAGGUAACCGGCCUUCUUGGGGACCCAGGGGUCCCAAAAGGAUUUUUCUUUAG